GAAAUCAUUGUGCCGAUAACCAAGGAUUCAGUUUUAGCUGAAUACAUUUAUUCAUUAUCGUUCGUAUAAAAAAAAGUAAAUUUACUUUCAUAUAAAAAAUUAAACAGAAGAAAUAAAAUAUUAAGUAUUUAUAUAAAAAAUUUUGUGUUAAAAUAUGGAACAUUCACAUAUUCUCAGAUAAUUUCACUUGGGAAAUAUAGAGAACGUUAUUAUACUUAAAGAUAUUGUUUUUGAUAAGAAAAGCUGGUGAUAGCAACUUAGGCUUCUAGCUUUCACGAGACACAUUUUUUUUACAUCCAAACCAAAAUAAUGAGUUAAUUUCGAUAAUUAUCUUAUAUCACCACAAAGUGCUUAUCCGCAAGGACCUAUCACGUACCUAAACUCGGCUUUAUUAAUUAAUUUAUCUAAAGUGGUCAUUGAAAACGAAUCGAUUCACAAAAAUUAAUACGGUAGCCCCACUUGAUGUGGCUCCUAUAAAAUACUGGGAUUUUGUUUGAUAUAAGCCACACGUAUUUGAAACUUACUAAUCAGCAUAACGUUACAAAAACUUUCGAAAAUGAAGGGAUUUUUCAUAAUGAUAGCGCUGGUUUCUCUAAUCCAUGUCAAUGCAUCAGGACUAUAUCCGUUGGGAGGCAUAAGCAAAUGCAUCAAUGUUUGGGACGAGGGUUGUAAUAAUGGCGGGAUGAAUGGAGCUGGUCGCGAUGAUGACUUCAUUAAUGGUGACUUCAGUCCUGGAAAACGAUGUGUUAAUAUGUGGGAUGAAGGCUGCUCGAAUGGACAGUUACCGGACGCAGGUCGAGACGAUGAUUAUAUAAAUGGUGGAUUUACUCCUGGGAAACGCUGCGUUGGUGACAACUGUAACGGAAGAAAAUCAGAUCAAAGAAAAUAUGAAAAUUUUGACAGACAAUCAAUGUUUAGAUUGCUAGCAAAAAUUCACAGAAACCAGCAGUAGUGUUGCGGUUAAUCACAAAACAACGAGAACGCGAUCAUGUUUUAAAACGACGGUCCAAAUAUAAUUAAUUAAUAAAAUUUUGUCUUUUAAUUAUAACCUAUACAUAAUUCUUCACUUAUAAUUUUAAAACUAUAGAAGAAUACUAUAAUAUUAAUAUAUAAAUACGGCAUAGGUAU